AACCGCCACAACCGCCGCCACAGCGGCACCGGCCGGGCACCGGCACCCAGCGCCCCGCCGAUGCGCCGGGCCCCCGUUGGCUGAGGAGCGAGGCGACACCUGCGUCAGACCGCCGGCGCUGACGUCACGGGAGCCUGAGAGGGUGCAAAGGCUGUGAUGAAGAACCAGGGAGUGGAGGCCAAGGCAGCUCCACGUCCUUCCAGAACGAGCAGCGGGAUGGGGCUGGAAGAGGGAGACUCACCAGAGGCUGCAGCUCCCCCAGAAGCUCCCCAGGAAGAUCCCAAAUCCUCUCGCGACGUCUCGGAGGAGCUGAGCCGGCAGCUGGAGGACAUCCUGAGCACCUACUGUGUGGAUGCCAGCCAGGAGAACCCAGGGGAGGAUGGGGGGCACGGGGAGCCCCCCGAGGAGCCCGACAAGGGCCGCAGUGACUCCCCCAGGAACGGGGAGCAGGAGCCGGGGGGCCCCGAGAUCAACGGGGAGAAGGAGAACUCUAAGGGCAGCGAGGAGGCUGGGGACAGGGACCAGAAGAAAGCUCAGGAGAAGAAGAAGGCCAAGGGUUUAGGCAAGGAAAUCACUUUGCUGAUGCAGACCCUGAACACCCUGAGCACGUCAGAGGAGAAACUGGCAGCUCUGUGCAAGAAAUACGCUGAGCUGCUGGAGGAGCACAGGACCUCGCAGAAGCAGAUGAGGAUGCUGCAGAAGAAGCAGAGCCAGCUGGUGCAGGAGAAGGAUCACCUGCAGAGCGAGCACAGCAAGGCCAUCCUGGCGCGCAGCAAACUGGAGAGCCUGUGCCGGGAGCUGCAGCGGCACAACCGCACCCUCAAGGAGGAGGGCGUGCAGCGUGCCAGGGAGGAGGAGGAGAAGAGGAAGGAGGUGACCUCUCACUUCCAGGUGACCCUGAACGAUAUCCAGCUGCAGAUGGAGCAGCACAACGAGCGCAACUCGAAGCUGCGCCAGGAGAACAUGGAGCUGGCCGAGAGGCUCAAGAAGCUCAUCGAGCAGUACGAGCUCAGGGAGGAGCACAUUGACAAGGUGUUCAAGCACAAGGAGCUGCAGCAGCAGCUGGUGGAUGCCAAACUGCAGCAGGCCCAGGAGAUGCUGAAGGAGGCAGAGGAGAGGCACCAGCGGGAGAAGGAUUUUCUGCUGAAGGAAGCUGUGGAAUCCCAGAGGAUGUGUGAGCUGAUGAAGCAGCAGGAGACCCACCUCAAGCAGCAGCUGGCUCUGUACACUGAGAAGUUUGAGGAGUUCCAGAACACCCUUUCCAAAAGCAGUGAAGUGUUCACAACGUUCAAACAGGAGAUGGAGAAGAUGACCAAGAAAAUCAAGAAGCUGGAGAAGGAGACCACCAUGUACCGCUCCCGCUGGGAGAGCAGCAACAAGGCCCUGCUGGAGAUGGCAGAGGAGAAAACCCUGCGGGACAAGGAGCUGGAGGGGCUGCAGGUGAAGAUCCAGCGCCUGGAGAAGCUGUGCCGCGCGCUGCAGACGGAGCGCAACGACCUCAACAAGAAGGUGCAGGACCUGUGUGCCCACACAGAGCUGCUGGAGCCCCUGAAGGAGCCACCACGGGACAGCUCUGAGGCUGCUGCAGAUCCCCUGAGCCCGGGAAAGGCCCCACAGAGCCCACAGGAUCCCACAGGAAGCCUGGCAGAACUGAGCACGGGGCAGAGCGGGACUGAGCAGGGCACUGACUGAGCCCCAGCUGGGUGAGGGAGGGGGACCUGGGAGCUGCUUUAGAUUCCACUCUCCCUGUCCUGGGCCAGCUGGGAAAGGACAGGACACAGCCCUCCUGGGCGUGGGAGAUUUCCUAGUUUAGGUUUUUGGAGGGAUUUUUUUUAAGAUUUUAUAUAUAUAUAUACAUAUAUAUAUAUAAGAUAUAUAAAAAUGUGCAGGGCAACACUUUAUAUCUAUGGAAAGAAGCAGAAGGGCCCAGCUCCCUGCCUGUGUGAAUAUUGAAAAUCUGGAGCCUCAGCUGAUUGUCCCUCUCACUAAAGGACCUGGGGACAGGCACAGGGACAAGGGACACGCCUCCACCACCACAAGGACUCCACUCUGGAGUGACAGCAGAGCUGGGAGAAUUCCAGAACAUUCCCAGCACUGGAAUCUCCCUCUUCCCCCUGCCAGGCAGGAGGAGCUCCUGGUCUGGCCCUGCUCGUGUGUGAGCUGAGGGCACCAGAGGCCGUUCCCUGCUCUCCAUGGGCUCUGUGUCUGCACUGGGGACCAGGAGAAGCAGCAAAAGGAGGUGCCUGGUCCCUCCCUUGGGAAUUUUUUGCUCUUGCCAGGCCCUGCCAAUCUCAAAACCGCCUUAUAAUUCACAGUUGCCUCUUUGCUGAACGCACACGUGCACAAAGUGUAUUAAACAGUUAUCCCAAAGGUCUCAUUCCCAAGUGUUGGCAUCGUUGUGCACAGGGACUGGGGAGGUGCCCCCCAGCCCUGGAGGCAUCCACAGAGCUGGGACUGCAGGAGGAUCCAACCUCAGAGCUGUGUGAGCCCCUGGAGCUGUGUGAGCUGGAGCUGCUGCAGGAGGAUCCAACCUCAGAGCUGUGUGAGCUCCUGGAGCUGCUGCAGGAGGAUCCAACCUCAGAGCUGUGUGAGCCCCUGGAGCUGCUGCAGGAGGAUCCAACCUCAGAGCUGUGUGAGCUCCUGGAGCUGCUGCAGGAGGAUCAAACCUCAGAGCUGUGUGAGCCCCUGGAGCUGCUGCUCCAUCCAGGAUCAGCUCCUGGGGCUGCUUCUGCUGUCCCAGCCCCAUUUCCUCUUUUCCUCCCUGCCUGAAGAGCAUCUCCCCAGUGCUGCCUCACCCCUGGGGCCUGCAUGUGCUGGGAGGGAGUUCAGGGACAGCUGUGGCACCUGCUGGCACCGGGUUUUGGCAUUUUCCUUGCUUUGUCAGGACUUUGUCUCGUCGCUGAUCUUUGGAAGAUCAGGCUCGCUUGGAACCUCGCUGCAGCUUCAGUUUGUGACAGACUUCACUCCCAGCAUUGCCUUUGUGGUGCUGGAGCUGAUCCCCACCCUGGAUGCACCCAGUGGAUCCUUUUGGGAUUCUCUUCUGGCACCACAGCUGCUCUCACAUCUCCCUCCAUGAAGGACCUGCCUCCACAUCUCCUUUUUCUCCAGAUCUGAGGAGGGCAGCAUGGACAGAGCCCUGCUGGACACGCCCUGGGACAGUCCCUGGAGCUGUGGUGGCUUUGUCUUCCAGCCCUGCUGGUUCCUCUGGGAUGAUCCAUGAAUGUAACCCAGCCAGGCUGAGCAGGGCUGCUGCUGACAUCUGGACUGCAGAAAAAGCAAAACCCCUUAGAAAUUCACCAAACCCCCUUUUUUUCUGUCUUUUCCCUGUUAAGGUACAGAAACCUCCUGUGUGUAUCCUGUAUCCAAUAGAAACACUCCCAACCU